AUGGCUCACUCCAGUUUGAACGAUCGUACGGUCGUUGACUUUACCAAAUUAUUACUCGGUGAUUUGGAAGAAGUAAAACGUUUGCAAAACGAAUUCGAAUCAAAUGGUUGGUGUUUUAUGCGAUUACCUGAUGGCAAUGGCCAACUAACUAAGAAACUACAUGAAACACAAAUGAACCUUGAAACAUUCUUUUCACAAGAGCGAUCGGAAAAGUCCAAGUAUUGUUCAUCCAAUGGUUUUGGCUAUUCACGUGUUGAUCACAAAGAAAGCAUUAGAGUUUUGAUGGAUCAGUAUGGCUUCCAAAAGUAUGAUCCUCCUUUAACUGACAAUGUUGACCGAACCUUACACUAUUUAACGCUUCUGCUUGACAAUUUAACCAGUGUCAUCAGAUCGAUCAUUUCCAAAAUGCCGAUAAUGGCUCAAAGUUCUACGAAAACAGCAGUGUCAAUGUCCCAUUUGAGAAUGCUUGACAUCGCGCACUAUUUCAAUGAAAGAACAGGUGCUGCCGAACCACCCGAAGUGGGUGUGAAUACCGAUGAAGUUAACUGUGUUCCUCAUUUCGAUCCGGGUCUAUUCUCUUUGAGUAUUCUGUCAACUUGUGAUGGUCUUCAGUUAAAAGACCGAGCCAGUCACCAGUGGAUCGAUGGGCCGGUGAACGUCGAACAUAAUCAACAUUCUAUCGGCGUCGUUUGGCUGGGUGAAGCAGCGAGCAUUCUAACUGAAAACCAUUUCAAAGCUGGAAUUCACCGUGUUGUUUAUCCUCGUACACCACAUCAGUCACGAAUUGCUAUUUGGCUCGAAGUUUGUACUGAAUCUCAGAUCGAACUAUCACUCAAACAAGAAAACGAAGAAGAUAGUCUUAUUCCAGGUGGUACUAUAAUUCAGAUGGAUAAUCAACCGGGUUCGUUACCAGUUCGUGCUCGAGUUGGUGGUGAACGUGUACGGCCGUUCCUGCGACGAAUGGAAAGAGAACGUGGACUAUCACUGAGCAAAAGUGCUUCUACUAAGGUUCUCAGACUUCGUCAUAAGAGAAAACGACAAUUAGAGGAAGAACGAAAGAACUCCCCAAAUAAUAACACUGAAGAAAUCGUUUGA